AUGGUGAAUAGAAAUAAGCCCGACUUUCCCCUCUCCUCUCUCCCCCUCUAUUCCCUCUCCUCUCUCUCCCUCUGUGCCCUCUCAUCUCACCCCCUCUGUGCCCUCUCCUCUCUCUCCCUCUGUGCCCUCUCAUCUCUCUCCCUCUGUGCCCUCUCCUCUCUCUCCCUCUGUGCCCUCUCCUCUCUCUCCCUCUGUGCCCUCUCAUCUCUCCCCCUCUGUGCCCUCUCCUCUCUCUCCCUCUGUGCCCUCUCCUCUCUCUCCCCCUCUGUGCCCUCUCCUCUCUCUCCCUCUGUGCCCUCUCAUCUCUCUCCCUCUGUGCCCUCUCCUCUCUCCCCCUCUAUGCCCUCUCCUCUCUCUCCCUCUGUGCCCUCUCAUCUCUCUCCCUCUGUGCCCUCUCCUCUCUCUCCCUCUGUGCCCUCUCCUCUCUCUCCCUCUGUGCCCUCUCCUCUCUCUCCCUCUGUGCCCUCUCCUCUCUCCCCCUCUAUGCCCUCUCCUCUCUCUCCCUCUGUGCCCUCUCCUCUCUCCCCCUCUAUGCCCUCUCCUCUCUCUCCCUCUGUGCCCUCUCCUCUCUCUCCCUCUGUGCCCUCUCCUCUCUCCCCCUCUAUGCCCUCUCCUCUCUCUCCCUCUGUGCCCUCUCCUCUCUCUCCUCUGUGCCCUCUCCUCUCUCCCCCUCUAUGCCCUCUCCUCUCUCUCCCUCUAUGCCCUCUCCUCUCUCUCCCCUCUAUGCCCUCUCCUCUCUCUCCCUCUGUGCCCUCUCCUCUCUCUCCCUCUGUGCCCUCUCCUCUCUCCCCCUCUAUGCCCUCUCCUCUCUCUCCCUCUGUGCCCUCUCCUCUCUCUCCCUCUGUGCCCUCUCCUCUCUCUCCCUCUAUGCCCUCUCCUCUCUCCCCCUCUAUGCCCUCUCCUCUCUCUCCCUCUGUGCCCUCUCCUCUCUCCCCCUCUAUGCCCUCUCCUCUCUCUCCCUCUGUGCCCUCUCCUCUCUCUCCCUCUAUGCCCUCUCCUCUCUCUCCCUCUGUGCCCUCUCCUCUCUCUCCCUCUGAGGUGUCUGCCAUCAUCUCCAACGACGCUCUGGUUGCCGAGGAGCUGAGUGAGGAGGAGAUCCUGGCCUGUCUCGUGGCCGACUCAGGACCAUAUUUCCUCGUGCCCACCAAGAAGGCCAAGCUGAAGGAGAGCCGGCUGCAGAUCAUGGAGGAGGAGGACUCUCUGGACAAGUAUCUGAAGGAGAACCAGCGCCUCCAGCAGGCCAGUCUGCGCCUGGAGCAGGAGAACGAUAACCUGGCCCACAGGCUCAUCUCCAGCAAAGUGGCUCUGAGGAGCGCCCUGGACCAGGCAGAAGACAAAGUCGACCUGCUGUCCAAAGAGCUGGUAUUGAGCCAACACUCGCUGCAGUCCACAGAGGAGCAGAUGAAAAGCCAAGAGGAAGAAGCUGUCAUGUUAAAAGAAGUAUUCAGGCGAGAACUGGAGAAAGCCGACCAGAACAUCCAGAGGUCUGCGGGCAUCAUCGCGGACUACAAACAGAUCUGCUCCCAGCUCACAGAGCGGCUGGAAAGACAGCAGGCCGUGCACAGGCAAGAGAUGGACUCAAUUAAGAGUGCAGUGGAGGCCUGCAGCAGCUGCUCACAUACACUGCAGACGCUGGAGACCCCCGGGGGACAGGAGGAGAAGGACAGUCCCACCGUGGGGUCCUGUCCUGGGGCUGCGAAGGAGGAGAAGGACCCCCACAACCACAGCAGCAGCAGGAGCACAGACAAGGAGCCCCUCCGAGAGCAGAUCCGUGAGCUGGAGCAGGAGCUGGCCCGCACCAAACUGCAGAUGGUGGAGGCCAAGUGUAAAAUACAGGAGCUGGAGCACGAAGCCGGUCGUCUGAACAGCAGCCUGCAGGACGCGCGGAAUACCUGGCUGAGUAAGGCCUUCACCUCCCUGCGGCCCCCCAGCUCGCCCCUGCCUCACGUCGCAGAGACCCGGGAGAGCCAGUCCCUGUUCAGCCUCAAGACACCAGCGUGGAGCAUCAAGAAGAUCUCGUGGCCGCAUCACAGAGAGCUGCAGCAGAACCAGUGA